CCAGCCCCUCCAAUGCGAGAAAUAUCGGAUUGGCGACGAUCGUUGCGCAUGGGUCUAUAGCUACACUUUGCACUCUGCACUCUGCACUCAUACUGCGCCGAAUGAAGCAUGACAUAAAAUCAACCGUCUCAAACAAACCCCCAUAAGUUCGAGACCGAAGAUGCGUAAUCUCAGGAAUAUACGCUAUGAGCCGUGGACUCCGCCCACGCAGUUCCACGGGAGGCCAGUUUCGGCUGCCACUUGGGAUCUAGCCAAUGACUCUAUUAUAUGCACCUUUGGUCCCAGCGAAGACAAUGCGGUUAUAGAGCUCGUACGAGUCCAGACGGAUCCAAAAUCACUGUAACAAUGCCCUCGUUCUAGAAUUCAAAGUUGAAACUAAUUCCUUUUUUAGAGAAUGCUCGCGUAUCACUUCUUGGGAUGCCCCGUGCCCUCACCCAGAUCUUACCUGUGACAAAAUUUUGAGUCUUCACUAUUUUGGUGACAGCUUGACAGCAUGUCUCGUUCUGGCUGGUGGCGACAUUGUCGUGGUUAGAGAAGAACCAAAUCCUGGAGAAGACCGCAUUGAGAUUGUGGGAUCUGUGGAUGAAGGUAUCACUGCUGCAAGAUGGUCACCCGAUGAGGAACUUUUGGCCAUCACCACCAAGGCCGAUACUGUAGUCUUUAUGAGUCGUGGGUUUGAGGGAAUCACAAAUAUCACCAUGUCGAUUGAGGAUCUCAAGGCUUCAAACCAUGUGUCUGUGGGUUGGGGAAAGAAAGAAACUCAAUUCCAAGGAAAAGGUGCCAAAGCGUUGAAAGAUCCAACUAUGCCAGAGAAAAUUGAUGAAGGUGUUCUUAGUCCUAAAGAUGACGCCAGAACAACUAUUACCUGGAGGGGAGAUGGAGCAUACCUUGCUAUUUCAACUGUAGAGGGUGGUGCACGUCGCUUGAUUCGAGUUUAUUCUCGAGAAGGGAUUCUUGACAGUGUGAGUGAGCCAAUAGAUGGAUUAGAAGGGGCCUUGAGCUGGAGACCAGAGGGCAAUCUUAUUGCCGGAAUUCAACGUUUUGAAGACCGUAUUGAUGUCGUGUUUUUUGAGCGAAAUGGACUGAGGCACGGCCAGUUUAGUCUCCGGCUUAGCCCAGAAGAGUUGGAGUCAGCCUGCGAGCAUGUAACCCUUUCCUGGAACCAAGAUUCAACGGUUCUAGCCGUUAUCCUCGCAGGUUCAAUUCAGCUGUGGACCAUGGGGAAUUACCAUUGGUAUUUGAAGCAAGAAAUUGAGACCAAAGAGGUUGCAGUAACAGCAUCGACCCCCUUGGUAUGGCAUUCUGAAAGACCUCUUCGGUUUCUUACUAUUGCUUCCGGUAUGAUACCUUUUAUCCUUUCCAAAGUUACCCUUCUACUAACAAGACUUUAACAGAUCGACUUUGUGCGUUUGAGUACAUUUUUGCGGUUUCUCGAAGUUCAAUGGCGCCACCUCAUGACUUUGGUCUGGUUGGAGUUAUAGAUGGCAAAUCUAUAAAGGUCACACCGCUACGAACAGCCAAUGUACCUCCGCCAAUGGCAGCGCAUGAUUUAGAGGUUCAAGAAAAUGCCAUUGAUAUUGCUUUCAACCAUGAUGGCUCAUUAAUGGCAGUUCUACAUUUGAAGGGCAUUGCACUUUUCGAGAUGAACUUGAAUAGCUCUAGCUCCUCGCCUCCCUCCCUGACCGGAAAAGUUACCUUUGAGAAAAUCGAAUCCACUGAUGAUGUGUUCCAACAAAUCACCUUUACGAACAAGAACUACUUGUUGGUAUUACAACCAAUUGGUUCAACCGAACCAGUUAAGCGUUACGGCAUUAAUGAAGAUACUGGACCAAUGGAACAAGUGCCAUCUGGUAUCACUACAAACGCGAUCAUUCGUACCAUGUCCAGCUUCUGUGAGGAUGAGACCAGCCAUCCGUUCGCCCAGACCAGUGCUGGUGAGAUACACAGUUUAGCAUUUGGGGACCAUAGUCUUGGAGCUUGCAACUUCUCGGCCUACCUUCCAUGGGUAGAGAUGAUCAAGUUUAAGGAUGAGUUUAUUUCUUUCGGAAUGUCUAGCAAUGGUCAUUUAUAUGCAAAUAACCGACUGUUGGUCAAAAACUGCACGUCUUUCCUCGUCACACCCGCACACCUCAUUUUCACUACUACCACUCAUCUAAUCAAAUUUGUACAUAUUACAAGUGUUGCCGGUAGGGGAAUAAUCAAUCCACUUCUUCAAUUAUCGACUAACACAUACAGAUCUUGAAAUACCGCCAGAUGAUCCUGAAAUCGAUGAGCGUUGCCGUAGCAUUGAGCGAGGUGCUCGCCUUGUUACAGCAAUGCCGUCUGCUUUGAGCCUCGUUUUACAGAUGCCCAGGGGUAAUUUGGAGACCAUAUUUCCUCGAGCUAUGGUAUUGGCUGGUAUCAGAAAACUCAUCGACGAAAAGAAUUAUAAGAAGGCUUUCACUCACUGCCGAACUCAAAGAGUGGAUAUGAACCUCCUUUAUGAUCAUGCACCAAAACAGAUGUUGUCAAACAUUGGGCUUUUCGUGGAUCAAGUCAAGAAAAUCAGUUAUAUUGACUUGUUCCUUUCUUCCCUAAGGUACGCCUACUGCGGUUAUUUGGAGUUGGAUAUGUACUAAUCUUUCCAUAGAGAAGAAGACGUUACGCAAGAUAUGUACAAAGAAACUCGAGUAAUUUCACCUCUCGAAAAUAGAGUUGUCGAUAUUAGUGACACAAACGGCAAUGUUUCGCUUGAACAAAGUUUUGCCCAACCUGUGUCAAAGAUCAACCGUAUCUGCGACGCCUUCCUCGAAGUUCUGAAAACGAGAACUGCCACGAACCUACAGAAUAUCAUCACAGCCAACGUCUGCAAAUCACCACCUGCUUUAGAAGAUGGACUGAUGGUUGUGGCUCAACUCAUGGAGAAGGACGAAAGUAUGGCAGAUAAGGCUGUGGAACAUAUCUGUUUUCUGGCAGAUGUCAACAGACUUUAUGAGAAUGCUUUGGGUCUCUAUAACUUAGAUCUUGCUCUUCUUGUGGCACAACAAUCUCAGAAAGAUCCUCGAGAGUAUCUACCAUUCAUGCAAAAGCUGCAAGAGAUGACACCACUUCCUCGUCGACGCUUCGGAAUUGAUGACUACCUUGGUAGAAAUGCCAAGGCUUUAACUCAUUUACAUGAACUUGAUACUUUUGAUGAGCUGCAAACUUAUACUCAAAAGCACGAUUUGUACGAAGCAGCCCUUUCGAUCUACCGAUACACUCCGGAUCGACAUGCCAUUCUGACAGGACUCUACGCUAAAUAUCUGGAAUCCAAAUCAUCCUUCAAAGAGGCUGCUCUAGCAUACGAGUCACUCCAAAACUACACUUCAGCUACAUCCUGCUACCUCUCCUCAGGGCCCCAACAAUGGCGAGAAACACUCUUCUGCGCUCUUUCUCAAACCCCACCCAUCUCAUCCCAAGCUCUCGAAGACAUAGCAACGAACCUCACCGAAGCCCUCACUGAAUCCCGCGAUCACCACGCCGCAGGAAUAAUCCACCUCGAAUAUCUCUCUUCGAUCCCCAACGCCCUGCGCUCUUUCUGCACUGGCUACUACUUCGCCGACGCUCUACAUCUGAUUGCCCAAAAACGGAUCCCAGAGCUCUUGGAAGAAGUCAUCGACCCCGGUCUUGCCUCAGCACUCGCCUCCUCCACCGAACUGAUUGCAGAAUGCAAAGCUCAACUCCUAGCCCAAGUUCCCCGCAUCCGUGAGCUCCGCGCGAAAGCCCUAGCCGACCCCUUAGCAUUCUACGAGGGCGAGCGUGGAGGCGAUGGUGAGAUACCCGAUGAUAUCAGUGUCGCUGCCUCCUCGAGGAUCUCUACGAAUAGAAGUUUAUUCACGAGAUACACCGGGAAGCAGAGUAUUGGAACGGCAGGGACGGGCGUCACGAGAGCGACGAGUAAGAACAAACGGAGAGAGGAGAGGAAGCGAGCGAGAGGGAAGAAGGGGAGUGUGUAUGAGGAGGAGUAUCUCGUUGCCUCUGUCGGACGAUUGAUCACGAGGGUUGAAUCCGUCCGAGAUGAGAUUUCGCGACUCGUGGAGGGACUGAUAAGGAGGGGGAUGUGGGAACGGGCUAGGGCUAUUGAGGCGGCGGUUGCGGAGGUGGUGGGCAUGUGUAAGGCUUGUGUGCCGGAGGUGUAUGGGGUUGAGGGACCGACGGGAGGCAAUGGGGAGGUGGUUGUGGGUAGGGAGGAGGAGUGGAAACCUACGGGUGGCGAUGCGGUUUUGGCGGAGAGUUUGGCGGCGGCUAGGAGGAAGGAGGCGCCUGAUGUGGGGGAUUUUGAGAGGUUGAGUUUACUUGGUUCGUAG